AUGCCUUUUAACUAUAAUAUUGAUACUUAAAGCUUAAAUAGAUAAUUAAUCUUGUAAUAGCUAGGAUUCGAUGCUUAUAGCAUUAUUAAUUUGCAAGUAGAUUAGGUUUAUUCAUAAAUAUCAAUUCAAUACCCAACAAUUCCUUCAGUUCUAGCUUUAGUUAACAGUGUAUUUAAUUUGUUAGUCUUUUUAGGUUUCUUUUUGAAGUUUAUAUCUUAAAGUUCUUUGCAUGAAGAUUUCUUUGUAAUUUUGAUAAAGAAUGUUUACUAAGACAUUUAUCAAUAGAUUUUAUAAUCAAAUAACUUAAAAAGGUCAAAUUCUAUUAUAAGCUAAUAAAAUAAAUCAUUUAUUAACAAUGAAAUGUAAAAUAUAUAAGACAAUUAAUAAUAAAAUUAAAUGGGAAAGGAAAAAGAUAAGGAUUAAAAUUCUUAAGAGAUUGAUGAUUAAAAAUUAGCUUAUAAUUAAGUAAUUAAACAGUAAGAAAAUAACAUAUUUCACUCAGAAAAGUUUACAUCUCUUCCUUAGUAAGAUUAAUAAAUAUGUAGAAGUAUUACUUAAAAAAGUGAAUCUGAAAUGAAAAGUAGGAAGGAGAAUAAAAAAUUGAAAAUUUAAAAUUUAGGGCCUAAAUUAAGCUAUUCUAAUUAUUUAAAAUAAAAAGAUGACAACCACCAAUCUUUGAUAUUCUCAAAAGAUUGUUUUGAAGAAAGAAAUAAUGGUUAAGUAAGCAUCACUUUAAGUAACUAAAAUUAGCCAAAGUAGGAAUAAAAUAAAAUUUAAAAUAUAAAUCCAUAACAGCCAAUCAAAUAAAAAAAUUAAGAUAAAUUUAUAAAAAAGCUAAUAUUUGGAUUUGGAAGUAAGGAUUUAAAAUCUUAAGGUUUAGAUAAAUAGAAUAAGCAAAAAAUUGAAGAUUAGCUGAUAAAAGAUUUAGAUAUAUUAUAAUUUUACAAAGAUAUAAUAUUUUUGAAGAAAGCAAUAAUGAUGAUCUUAACAUAAGAUCAGUUGGCUUCUAUAAAUUUUAUUGGAUGUUCUAGCCAUUUAUUAAAUUUAAAAUAAUCGAUCUUAGAAAUUUAAACUGACAAAUGUAAUUAGUUUACUAAAUAAUUUAAAAAAUUAAAUAUUUUUUAUAAAAUAUUAAAAUAGUGA